AUGCUCUGUGAAUGUCUGAAGGUGGAGCAGCCAGGAGCCUUCGCCCUGGAUGCCCCAGGGGAGGACAUGAAAGUCCCCAGCUCUCCGGUGAGAUUGGCAGCAAAAGCCCGACCCUCUGGAACGCUGCGGAGGAAGCUGUCCAGGGUCCCCAGGGAGCCCAUUCCCAGGCCCCCGCCCAGCCAGCUCUCAGGUUUCUGCUGCCUGGGCUGCCGCAGCCACGGCCCAGAGUCGGGGCCUGGGAGGGCGGCAGCAUGGGGGCCUGAGCCGGAGCCCCCCGGGGACGAGGGUGCUGACAGCCGCCAGCCGCCACCGCCGGAGCCCGCCGCCCAGGAGCCCGGGAGCCCUCCAGGUGCUGAGGUGCCCUACUGCGACCUGCCCCGCCGCCCGCCUGCCGCUGAGGACCCGCUCAGUGCCUCGACCUCCGGCUGCCAGUCUGUGGUGGGCCUGGGCCUUGGAGCAGGGCCUGAGAGGGGCCCAGCGGCAGGCCUUCCCGCAGAGGGCCCCACAGCUGCCCCCAGGAGCAGGAGCGGAGCCCCGGAGGCAGUGCCCUAUUUGGAGGGCCUGGCCUCCUCCCUGUGUGGCAUCUUCGACGAGAGCCCUGACUCUGGCACCAGCUGCAGCCCUGACUGUGACACCGCUGAUGAUACCAGCAACUCGUCCUCUGUGGACGGGGACAUUGUCGAGAGGCGGGAGGAGGCCUCUAGCUGGGACGAGCUCACCGUGAUGAUCCCUCGCAAGCUGCAAGAAGGGCCAAGAGCUGACAGUGCCCGAAAGGCUCCAUCUCUCCUCGCCCGGUCUCCUGUGGGAGGAGACGCCGCAGGCCAGAGAAAGGAGGAUACUGGUGGUGGGAGUCGAAGCGCUGGACAGCACUGGGCGAAGCUCCGGGGAGAAAGUGGCCACUUCUUGGAGCGGCACCGGUCGUCACUAACGCAGGCUUCCUCUGGGUUAUCACAGAGUGGACCUCGAAGUACCACCCCUCAGGCUUCCUCUGUCCAUCGCUCUGCGCAAAGAGACGUCGCCCACACUGCUUCCACACAGCCCGAUCCCCCCCGAGCCUCCUCUCCCCCCCAAAGUGCUCAACGGGACAACCCGAGAACCUUGUCCAACCAACAGGACACCCCCAGGACCUCUUCCACACAGCGGAACACCCCCAGAGCGUCCUCUCCCUCAAGAAUCGCUCAACGGGAUAACCCCAGAACCUCAUCCACCCAACGAAGCAAUCCUCGCGUUUCCUCUGCCCCGAGAGCUGCCCAGCAGGACAACUCCAGAUCCUCUUCUACUCAACAGGACAACCCUCAGACUUCUUUUCCUACGUGUACUCCCCAGCGGGAAAAUUCUAGAACAUCCUGUGCCCAACGGGACAACCCCAGAGCCUCCUCUCCCAACCGAACCAUCCAGCGGGAAAACUCUAGAACGUCCUGUGCCCAACGGGACAACCCCAGAGCCUCCUCUCCCAACCGAACCAUCCAGCGGGAAAACUCUAGAACGUCCUGUGCCCAACGGGACAACCCCAGAGCCUCCUCUCCCAACCGAACCAUCCAGCGGGAAAACUCUAGAACGUCCUGUGCCCAACGGGACAACCCCAGAGCCUCCUCUCCCAACCGAACCAUCCAGCGGGAAAAUUCCAGAACUUCUUGUACUCAGCAGAACACCCCCAGAACUUCUUCCACACAACGGGACAACCCACAGUCCUCUUCCUGUCGGCGGGAUAACCCCGGAACCUCCUCCCCUCAGCGCUGCACCCAACAGAAUAAUCCCGGACCACCAACUCCCCAUCGCUCCACUCAACGGAACAAUCCCAGGAGUUCUUCUCCCCAUCGUACUAACAAAGACAUUCCCUGGGCCGACUUUCCCCUCCGGCCCACCCAGAGUGAUGGCCCCCGAACCUCUUCUCCAUCUCGCUCCAAGCAAAGUGAGGUUCCCUGGGCAUCCAUCUCCCUCCGGCCAACUCAGGCUGACAGGCCUCAGACCUCGUCUCCCACUAGAGCAGCUCAGCACACCCCGCCCCAGCCAUCCUCUGGCCCUGCCCAGCACAACGCUCCAUCCCGGGCCGCUGCCGCCUCCCACAACCCGGGCCAACAUAGUGCCUCCCGGACUUCCUCGCCUUUACACCCAGCUACCCGUGGGACAGCCCAGACCUCUUUUGAUUCCUUCCAGUCUCCAUGUGCUGUGUGCAUUGGGUACCGGGACGCGCCCCGAGCCUCUUCACCGCCUCGCUAUUUGCAACAUGACCCCUUCCCCUUCUUCCCAGACCCUCGUGCCUCUGAGAGUGAUUCACCCCACCAUGACCCCCCCUAUAUCCCCCCCGCUGUGUGCAUUGGACACCGGGAUGCCCCCCGGGCCUCCUCACCCCCUCGCCACACCCAGUUUGACCCCUUUCCCUUCCUCCCAGACACAUCAGAUGCUGAGGCUCAGUCCCCUCAGCAUGACCCUCCUCAGUUCCCCCCACCUGUGUGUAUCGGGUACCGUGAUGCCCCCCGGGCCUCCUCGCCACCACGCCAGGCCCCGGAGCCCGCCCUCUUGUUCCAGGACCUCCCGCGGGCCAGCACUGAGAGCCUUGUCCCCUCCACAGAGUCUCUGCAUGAGCCCCCACACAUCCCCACCCCGGUGUGCAUUGGGCACCGAGAUGCACCCUCAUUCUCAUCCCCACCACGCCAGGCCCCCGAGCCUUCCCUCUUCUUUCAGGACCCCCCUGGGACUAGUAUGGAGAGCCUGGCCCCCUCCACCGACUCUCUGCAUGGCUCCCCGAUGCUGCCCCCCCAAGUGUGCAUCGGGCACCGAGAUGCACCGCGAGCCUCGUCCCCACCCCGCCACCCACCCAGUGACCUAGCGUUCCUGGCAUCCUCACCUCCGCCAGGCAGCUCAGGGGGCUCUCGGGGCUCAGCACCCCCCGGGGAGACCAGGCACAACUUGGAGAGGGAGGAAUACACCGUGCUGGCCGACCUGCCCCCGCCCAGGAGGCUGGCGCAGAGGGAGCCAGGUCCCCAGGGCAGCAACGGGGGCCGCACCCGCAGCCCUGGCCGUGCAGAGGUGGAGCGCCUCUUCGGGCAAGAGCGCAGGAAGUCCGAGGCACCGGGGGCCUUCCAGGCCCGGGACGAGGGGCGGUCGCAGCGGCCUGGUCAAGGUCAGAGCCAACUUCUCCGAAGACAGUCCAGCCCUGCCCUCAGCAGGGAGGUAACCACGCCCCUUGCGAAGCAGGCAGAAGCGACGCGGAGGAGCCGAGCAGAGCUCCCUCAUCCCAGGAGCCCCGAGAGGCAACCUGAAAGGGACCGGCGGCUCCGGGGGUCCUCACCGCCCCCAAGGACAUCAGCCAGGACCUCUGAGAGGGAGCGGCGGACAGAAAGACCUCCGGAGAGUGGCCAGGCAGUCCCAAGACAGCCUCUGGGGGGGUGGCAGAGUCAGGAGGAGCCGCCAGGAUCCCGGGGCCCUCACAGACACCUGGAGAGAGGCUGGAGCAGCCAGGAAGAGGGCCCAGGCGUGGGGAGCUGGCAAGGACUUGGGGAGCCUAGCCGGGGGGCUGCCAGAGCCCCAGAGGGAACAUGGAGGGGCCCUCCCCGGGAGUCUGAGGAGAGCUGGGGGCAGCUGGGUGGCCCCCCCUGCCAUAGGGGGCAGUCAGAGGCCUGGGAGGAGCCCCCCAGUAAUGGGUUGCAGGAGCCCCCUGACAGGCCAGCUCAGAGGGGCUGGGGCAGUCCUCACCAGCCUAAGAGCCCCCCAGAGACCUUCAGGGAAGGGCCAGCAGAGUUCUCAAAAUCCUGGAGGCCUGAGACACCCACUGUUACGGGCCGGGGAACUGAAGGCACAUGCCCACACCUGCAUGGUCCUGAGAGGCGACCUGAGCUUGACUGGCGGGACCUGGUGAGCCUUCUGGGGAUGACCAGAGAGGGGGCCUGGGCCCGCACGGAGGAGCCAACACUCAUAUCCCACCUUCCGAGGCUGGAUUGGGAAGGCCUCCUGGAGUUCCUGCAGGCCCAGCUGCCCCGAAAGGCCCCAGCUGCAGGGCCAGAGCUAGGUUCCGUAGGCACAAAGGAUGGCGAGCAACACAGCCAGCCUGAAGGCUGGGCGGAAGCCACCCUAGUCAAUGGACACAGCCCUGGGCAGUGGCCCCAGAGCUUGGCCCAGCCAUCCAGCCCUGCCUGCGUCUCCACCCAGUGGCCAAAGACCAAAGUGACAAGUGGACCAGAGACCUCAGUUAUGGCUGGUCUGGAGGAGCCAGGCCAGCUGGGGAGCAGGAGCCCUGCGGGUGGCCCCAGCUCACCAGCGUGGGAGUUCCAACCAGAGGCGCCUGAGGGAUCAAAACCAAGAGGAGGCCAAGACUCCCUGAGCGACCAGAAGCGGGCAGACUCGGCAGACAAGAGGCCAGCAGAGGGCAAGGCUGGGAGCCUGCUCAAGGGCCGACUGGUGACCUCAUGGCGGAUGCCCGGGGACCGUCCCACGCUGUUCAAUCCGUACCUGCUGUCUCUGGGGGUCCUCAGGUGGCAAAGGGGUGAGGAGGGGAGCAGCUGUGACUUGCUCCCUCCUGCCCUGUUCACUGCCGGAGAGAAGGGCCCUGGCCAUCUCCAGGAGCCACUGGCUGGCUCUUGGGGUCUCUUCUCUCGCUCGGUGGCCGGACGGAGUCACCUGCACGCGAGGCCGUUCCUUCCGCCCAGCGCGCCCGCGGCCGAAGCCGGCCCCGCCCUCCCUUCCUCCCGCCUCUAUCGGCUCGCUUGGCCCGCCCUCGCGCGCCCGUCCCAUCGCCUCAGGCCCCGCCUCCGGGCCCGUCCCGCGCUCCUAUUGGCCAGCCCGCCGCCCCCGCCGCUGUUUGUCCGAGCUUUCCCGCCGCUCAUUGGCCCCCCCAGGUCCUCCCAGGAAGUUUGA